AGAAAAUUGAGAAAAAAAUGGAGAAAAUGAGACCCUUAGGCCAGUUAUGCCCCAAAUGCACUAGCUCUCUGGCUCAAUUCAAGCUAAACAAGAAGUAAGUCUAUAGAUUCUUAAGACCGUCAUUACCACUGAGGUGAUAGCAUCAAAAUAUGUACAAAUCUAGGCUGUACUUUCCCCUUCUGAUGAGAUGCAGACAGCUUUGGGGCUUUUAACAACUUCCAAGCUAGGACAAAAAAAGGUAAAAGAAUGGCUGAGCUCCAGAAAAAUCGAGAAAUUUCGUGAAAAACACCUAAGAAAAGACAUGAAAGCACAAAUCUUUUGAAGCUACUGAGAGACGAGAUCGAUCAGUAUGCUGCUAAGAUUUUGAGCAGCGACUCGCUGCUCAAAUCUCAGAAGCAGGAGAUAGGCAUCUUUUCUCCCAUUGGAGCAACUGAGGAUUGUAUUUUCACACAGAGUUUACAAGGUGAUAAGCAAGAGAUAGAGACACUAAACCAUACUUCAUUUGAUCUACCAACAACUAGUAGAUUCUUUUAGAGUCAAAAUGUGAGCUUUGAUAGAACAAUCCUUGUCUUUUAGAACAGUAUUCUGCCUAAUUUUUUUCAAUAAUUAUUAAUUUAAAA